AUGGAGGAAGCGACCACCAAAUUGAAGACCACCAUUGUUUCUGCACAAGGUGCCCAAAAGAAGCAGAAAUGUUGUUGCAUCAUCAUAGCCGUCCUAAUCAUUGUUCUGGGAGGAGGAGGGGCAGCAUUUGCGCUCUACAAGACCAGCAUCAUCCCGGGCUUUGGGACCUUGCCAUCUGCAGCUACUGCAACCAAUGGCACUCAUACCGCUUCCGCUAACUCCACGUCUCCUUAUUCCGGCACAUCAACCGGCUCGUCCACCUCCUCAACUACCUCCAAACUUCCUUCCUCUUAA